AAUGGCUGCCGGCUCACGUAACAAAGGAACACACAGAGCGGCGGGCUUUCUGCCAGCACCCCGUCAGCCGACGUCAGCCUCCGGAUAGGAAGCGCUUGCAAAGUGACUCGCUCCGGUUAUCGCUUCGUCGUCUAUACAUCACCAAUUAUUGCACCGCCGUGUUUCAGCGCGGAGGCUCAGUCCUCGUCCUCUUCGAACGGCUGUGCAUGCGAGACGGACGGGCGUCACUCAUCGGCAGUGUGAUCGCCGUAGCAGCAGCGGUGACGGCUUGCGUGGCUUCGCUGCGCCCGGCGUGGUGACCUACUACCGCUGCUCGCCGACCGGCCGGACUUCCUGGAGGGGCCCGAAAAGAGUCGCCGACCGGCAGCGGCACCGUCUUGUCUCCCUCCCUUCGACCUUCCGAUGCUUCGCGGCCAUGGAUAAGAGAGGGGGGAGCCCUUCGCCUCUUCCGCAGACAGGUGAGGAUGUGCCGGUCCUCCAAGGAGAUCCUUAGUGGCGUGCAUCUCAGCACCUCGGGAAUUCGUAACAGUCGUGUCACCGUCGACGCUGAAGGAAACACCCAGCGACAUCGACUACGAGGCGCACGGUAGCAGCGCGCCUUCACGAUGUCCGAGUCGUCCGAAGGCAACCGGCCGCUAAGACUCCACCACAAGGCCGCCGUGCAGUUCUCCUCGGGCGCCGUCGCGGGGUUCAUCGAGGUGUGCGUGAACCAUCCUUUGGACGUAGUCAAGACGCGCCUGCAAAUGCAGUCGGCAGACGACCCGAACCGGUACAAGUCGAUCGCCGACUGCUUCCGGCGUAUGACCAAGUCCGAGGGCGUGCUGUCCAUCUACAAGGGCAUCGUGCCCGUGCUCGUGGUCGAGACCCCAAAGAUGGCGUUGCGGUUCCUCGUCUACGAGCAGACGAAGCGCGUUCUCUCGCCCCACUUGUCGCUCGUGCCCAACAACCUCAUCUCAGGUUUCCUGGCGGGCGCCAUAGAGGGCAUCGCCGUUAACCCGUUCGAGGUUGUCAAGGUCCGGUUGCAGACUGAUCGAACUCUAGUGGCGGCGCAGCCUAGCGCCUACUCGGUGGCACGACAAAUAUACCGCACGAACGGUUUAGGUGGGCAGGGGCUCAGCCUGGGCCUCACCUCCAAUAUUUUCCGGCACGGUGUCUUCGUCAUGUUCUACUUCACGAUCUACGCCAAACUCAAGGAAGCCGCACCAGAGUUUAAGAACCAGCAUCAACAAAACCUCUACAAGGUUGGCACUGGCCUGUUCAGCGGUUGCGUCAGCACGGUGUUCAACAUUCCCUGGGAUGUGGUCAAGAGCCGCAUCCAAGGACUGCAGCCCGUGCCCGGUGAGGCGAAGUACAAGACGUGCUGGCAGAGCUUCAAGGUCGUCUAUCGCGAGGAAGGCUUCCUGGCACUGUACAAGGGCCUCGCGCCGAAGAUGUUGCGUCUCGGCACGGGACAUUCACUCAUCAUAGUCCUCUACGAGCACAUCGUUGAAGUACUCGAGGCCAUGGCAUCCAAACUGUGAACGCACCGACCAACGGUGGCCGCUCUCUCUCGCCGAGCAUGGUUCUUCCUCACGUGUCUGUUCUGUACGGGUUCAAGAAACAGCCGGGAAUGGCCCACGUCCUGGCCAUUUGAGUGAUGAAGUUUCCAAAUAGCCGAUUACUCGCGACGUACUACUGACAGUGACGCCGGCACGGGCUCCGUGGCUGCAAUUUAUUUGUACAUCGGAAAAGGCUGGGGCCGCACAGAAAGUGUCAUAGUUGCUCCAGGCAUACUUCCACGUACGGUUAUAAAAAUAAGAAUGUGCUGAAGUUAAUAUACACUCAGCUGGGACUCUUCGCUUUAGACUUAAGGCAAUAAAGUGACAGUGAUUGCACACGGUAGUUUACCGUCGGGGCUUAGUUGGCGUACCCUCAACACCGC